UCAAUGACAUGUGUGAGCUGGUUUGACACAAUAAGAAACAAUGACUUCUUAUGGAAACCUCAUUGCUUGGCUAUACAAGAUGUCUGCAAAAGAGAAGUAGAUGAUGACCAAAAAAAUGGUUAUUCCUGGAAGGACAUACUACUGAGGAAUUACAAGAAGAGUCAAGUAAUACAUGGAUGGCUAAGUGGCAGAUUCAGCAACAUAGAUUUGCCUACUCUCCUAUCAGAAACAACCAUGUGUCCAAUGGAUGCAGAAACCUGGGGGAAAAUUCUAGAAGCAGAACUGAAUGGAUCAGAGAUUAAAAAUGACAGCAGAGAAAGUGGAUGCUACACAAUAAGAAACAAUGACUCCUUACAGAAACCUCAUUGUGAGGCUAUACAGGCUGUCCGAAAAAGAGAAAUAGAUGAUGAUCGAAAAAGCGGUUAUUCCUGGAGGGACAUACUACUGAGGAAUUACAAGAAGAGUCAAGUAAAACACGGAUGGCUAAGUGGCAGAUUCAGCAACAUAGAUUUGCCUACUCUCCUAUCAAAAACAACCAUGUGCCAAAUGGAUGCAGAAACCUGGGGGGAAAUUCUAGAAGCAGAACUGAAUGGAUCAGAGAUUAAAAAUGACAGCAGAGAAAGUGGAUGCUACAUAAUAAGAAACAAUCACUCCUUACGGAAACCUCAUUGUGAGGCUAUACAGGCUGUCUGCAAAAGAGAAGUAGAUGAUGGCCAAAAAAACGGUUAUUCCUGGAAGGACAUACAUCUGAGGAAUGACAAGAAGAGUCAAGUAAAACACGGAUGGCUAAGUGGCAGAUUCAGCAACAUAGAUUUGCCUACUCUCCUAUCAGAAACAACCAUGUGUCCAAUGGAUGCAGAAACCUGGGGGAAAAUUCUAGAAGCAGAACUGAAUGGAUCAAAGAUUAAAAAUGACAGCAGAGAAAGUGGAUACUAAACUCCCAAGACCAAACUGGAAUGAUCCUAUCGAAUAAAAGAGUUAUAUGCAAAUUGAACGUGCAUC